AUGCCACCAAAACGAGCAAGAAAGAAGUCAAAAGCUCUCAAAGUGGAGCGGUCAGAAAAUGAUGAAUGUGAUGAAAAGCACCAAAGUGGAUUAAAUCAUACUAUUUUAUUGAACCCUACACUCAAAAUAAAAGAGAUUGUUGAACUCGGUUCAUCAGCCACAUUGAGGAAAUGGAGUGCGAAUUUUUCAGAAAAUUUAGACUGGUUCCAUGCGCAGAAAGGCGCACUAAAGGAUAUCUUAAGAAAUGCAGGUGUACCGGAAAAGUCGGUGCCUAAAACUCCACGCCGAGGUGCAGUGGCAUUCGCCCGCCUUCGAGAAACGGCGGAAUCGUAUACCAACUACUCAUUAAUUUUUGAAGACAGGACGGAGAAGGAGAAUGAGGAGAUUGACGGUCAAGUUGAGUACGUUACAACUGAACUUGCAGCUGUCGAAUUUGAUUUGAUAAUUGCUGAGGAAUUGAAAACCAUGGCAAUUUACAAUGCGCAACUGUGUUUUGUCUUCUCUUGGCUUCUGGAUACUCCAAAACUGCCACCUCCAAGGAAAAAUUUGGAGCUUAAAUAUGUUUUUGAUCUCUGCUAA